AUGUCUACCCAGGUAUCUUAUAACAACGCCGACACCGCCUCAGAGCUUGUUGACGCAGUCCUGUCGAAUUUUCCUCGACUCAGCGCAAUUCCAAGUUUUAUGGCGUAUGCGGCACAUUGCGACGCGGCCAUACCGAUUCCCUUCAUGUGGACUACCGAGCGCGCUUUGAAGGAGAGAUCGUACAAAAACGUCAAGGCUAACGUCAAGAUCGCAUUGUUUGUCAAGAGAGCCAUGUACGCUAUAUUUUAUCAUAUUCACGCAAGGAACCCUAUAAUUCUCGAAAACGAGCCCAAAUUCAUUGAUCCGAAGAAGCUUACGAGCUUCAGGACCGCUGCUGUCCAUGCCAGGGAGUCCAUCCUCGGGACCAACCGUAUAUUGUGA